AUGACUGAUGAAUCCACUGAAGUUAUCCUACAAUUAGAUACAGGUUUUUGCUCAUGGCUUACAGCAAUCUUCAAAGUGAAGGAUGAACAAAUCCUGAAGAGGAAGGGCCAUGAUGCGAUACAGUACUUAUCCUUUCAGCGAUACUUAAUUCUCUAUGUGGUUAUUAUAUGUCUUGUUUCACUGGUUGUUGUUUUACCAGUUAACUAUCAGGGAAAUCUUGUUGGAGAUUCUGAGGUCUUUGGUCACACUACUCUAGCUAACCUAAGUCCACAUUCACUGUUGUUAUGGGUACAUGUAGGAUUAGCCUUUGUGUUUCUGGUGCUGGGAAUAUUUUUCAUGAGACAGUUCUCUCUUAACUUAAGUAUCAUGGAAGAUGAAAGCUUGAUUAGUCGGUCAUUAAUGAUAACAGGGAUUCCAAAGGAGCAUUGUUCAAAAGAUCUCUUGUUGCAGCAUUUUCAGGAGGCAUACCCAGAAUUUGUCAUACAAGAUGUGCAGUUUGCUUAUGAUGUUAGGAAACUAACCAUGCUAGACAGACAAAGGGACUCAGCCAUGCAGGCUAAGUUGUGGUGCGAGACAGUUUAUAAGAAAACGGGGGAAAGACCACGGAUGAGGCCAUACACUUGUGGACGAAUGUGUAUUUGUGGAGAUGCUUGUGGCUGUCCACAGGUGGAUGGUCUUGAGUACUACAGUGAGGAAGAACAUGCACUGAUAUCAGCUUAUGACAGAGAAAAAUCUGUUUCCCUACAGAAACCCCUGGGGAUAGCCUUUGUUACUUUCCAGACUGACACAAUGGCAGAAAUCGUGUAUAAGGACCACCAAGAACAGUGCAAGUGCAGUACUAACCCUCCUACAUCCAGUUUGAAUUGUAUCUUAGAUCCACACAACUGGCAGGUGAAACUAGCUCCACCUCCUGAAGAUAUAUUUUGGAUGAAUCUUGCAGUCAGCGACAUCAAAUGGUACAUCCGUGCUGUAGCAGUUAACCUUAUUCUUUUCUUGGUCCUGUUUUUCUUGACCACUCCGGCUAUUUUUGUAAACAACCUGGACUUGAUCCAGCUAAGGCAAAAAGUGGAACAAUUGAGUCCAGUGCUGUCUGAAUUCUUUCCUUCUCUACUGUUGUGGUUGGUUUCUGUUUUACUACCAGCCAUUGUUGCUUAUUCUGAUGAUUUUCUCUUUCACUGGACAAGAUCAUCAAGAAACAAUGCUAUAAUGAAGAAGACAUUUGUGUUUCUCUUAUUUAUGGUUCUUAUUUUACCUUCUUUGGGAUUAACAAGUGCUAAAGCUUUCUUGGAGUGGGCAGUUCGACCAAAAAAUGAAACUUAUCGUUGGGAGUGUGUGUUUUUGCCAGAUAAUGGAGCAUUCUUUGUGAAUUACAUCAUAACCUCUGCAUUCAUUGGAACGGCACUUCAACUCGUACGCUUUCCUGAGUUGUUAAUGUAUGUUCUUCGCCUCUGCUUCUCAAGAUCUAUUGCUGAGCAACUUGGCAUCAGAAAGGCAGUCCUAUGGGAAUUUGAAUUUGGAGUGCAAUAUGCUUGGUUUUUACUCAUCUUUGCCAUGGUGAUUAUCUACUGCUUGCCAUGUCCUUUAAUUGCACCAUUUGGUCUGGUAUACUUGUGUUUCAAGCACUGUGUGGACCGAUACAAUAUUUACUUUGCUUAUGGUGUUUCUAAAAUAAACCAAAAUAUUCACAUGUCAGCAAUCAACUAUGUGGUUUUCUGUUUAAUAUUGCAACAAGUUACACUCUUCUUCUUUUCACUUCUUAGAACAGGUUGGAGCAACAUCACAAUAGUGACCUUAUCGAUAUUCAUCUUUACUCUGAUGGUCUUCUUCGGGCAGGUCUUCUUUCACUGGUUUAAAGAACUCAGUCCAAUAACUUACAAGAAACUAGGAAAAAGACAGACCUCUAAACAGUUGGUAUCCAACCAAUCCCCAGUUGAAGAAUCACGAGAUUAUGUACCCUCUGUACUGAAAUGGCAGUCGUCUAGAGCAGAUGUGUACAUCACAAGCAACAAUCGUACGUAUGGCACUAGUGAAAAUAGUGUUCCGGCUACCCCUGAUGUGGAACACGCAACUUCAAACCAAGAUUCUGCCCAGCUGGAUUGCAACACUAGCGAAGGAAUAACUAGUAGCCAGUUCUGAUCAAAAAUUUGGAUUCAGCCUUAUAUCCAUCAGAAAGUAACACAAGGAUCUUAUUAUAGUAAAUAAAAUUAGUGGUAUUUAGUAAUUUUGCACAUUAGUUAUGUAUUCUAACAUGGAAUUGGGCGUUUUAUUGUUUGUUAAUUUGUAGUGUAAAAUAUUAAGUAAUCACGAGGAUAUUAAUAUGUAGUAGAUAUGGGUUUAAAGAACUUUUAUUUAAAACAAGAUCCAUGAGAAUGUUAAUCACAAUAUAAAACUAUUGGUAACUGUGUAGAUUCAAGUAAUUUUCAAAAAUUCAACUAAGUAAAGUGUUUUACAUACUACUUUCUUGUAGCUUUGUAUUACUCAUUUAAUUUGAAAGCAUUUUUUGAACUUUUCAAUCUGACUUUUGUUAUUGCCAUCUGUUAUUCAAAAGACUAAACAUAAAUAUGUAAGGUGUUGGACUCUCUCUUUAUCAGAAAAAAGAAAUGGUAUCGUAAUUGAACACAAAAAUGGAUUUAUUUAUUAAAAUUAAAGGUAACCUAAUAUUUAUUUCAAAAAUUAUCCAAUUACAAUUUCUAGUAUCUCCAUUGUUCCAAAAUAUGCUUAUUCGUAGUCACAGAGUCAGUGUUGUAUGAGUCUGAGUUAUACAUUCUUACCUAAUUUGUUACAAAACAGGAUAAUGAUGUAAGUCUUGGUAUCCAAUAAUAUGUAUAUUACAACAAUUGCUGAGUACUUUUAUGAUAGAUAUGGUAAGUUGUAUUGCAAGAGAUAUUUUCAGACAAAUCUGUGCAAUUAUCUUUUUUGCCCAAUGUGUUGAUUAUAUUAACUUGCAAAACAGAGACAUUACAGUCAUUACAUUUUAAAAUCUGUGUGCUUAGGAUUAAAGCCCAGUAUUUGUUUAAAAAAAAAAACAGAUUUGUUAAUUAUCUCUUACUCAGAAUGGUGGCUUUUCUUAUGAUGAAUGAACUAAUGUUUUAAUUGUACAUGGUGUGUUGGAAAAAUUAUAUUUAAAAUGUUUCUUGCUUAGUGAUAUUAAAAAUGGA